AUGGCUGGGCUUCUGAGCCCGGACUCCACAACCAUCGCAGACCCAACUCUGUCCUUCCUGGACAUAAAGCGGAUUCUGCUCCAGAAGAUCCGACACAAGGCAGACGAACUGGGCCGGGCCUUCCAGCUGCUCGACCCGGCCCGGAGUGGGACGGUGUCCACGGCUGAGCUGCAGAGGGUCAUCAGCACCUUCCUGCUGCCGCUCACCAGGGAGCAGUGCCAGGACGUGCUGGCGCAGCUUCCCCGCAUCAACUCCAAGACUGUUUCAUACCCUGAAUUCCUGUCCAGGUUUGGUGGACUCGACCUCAAUAAAAAUGUCCUCAAAAGCGGCGAUGGGACCAAGGCAAAGGACUGUCGAACUUUAAAGCAACUGGAGAGUCAAGUAGGGGAAAAGAUUCUCAGAAACCUCAGCACCAUCUCCAAAGCCUUCCAGCUCAUCGACGUGAACAAGACAGGGCAGGUGCCCCCCGAGGAGAUGAGGCGCGUGGUGCAAACUUUCUGCCUGCACAUGGAGGAGGACGAGUACAAGAAGUUUGCCAAAUUCUACCAGAUCGACAAGGGCCCCACGGUGGACUACGGCGCAUUUCUCAGGCAUCUGAGCAUCAAUAAUGGCUUGAAUCUCAGGUACAAUUUCGGAGACUCAGACUCUUCGCUGGAGAAUCAGCCAAUCGAAUAUUCCACAAAGAACGAGGUCUCUGAGCCUGCAGCGUCGGGAGAAGCCUGCAGAAACUGCUCCCUGGAAGAAGUCGAGAAGAUCUUUUGCCAAGAGUUUUCAAAGUCCCGAGCAAAGGUGGAGAAGGCCCUGAGUGCGGGGGACCCUGCCAGUGGUGGCUGCGUGUCUUUGAAUUACCUCAAGAUUGUCCUCGACACCUUCGUGUACCCAAUGCCCAGGAGAGUUUUCAUCCAGUUAAUGAAAAGAUUUGGACUGAAAACCACCACAAAAGUCAACUGGCAGCAAGUGAUAUCCUCGUUCAGCAACUCCCAUUGCUUGAAGGUCAACAAGACAGCCCCCCUGGCCCCCAACAAUAGCUGCUCUGGCUCUUGUACCAGUGCUCCAGCCCCAGAUGGCCCGCCCCUGAGGACGGUCCAGCUCAGCGUCCACACGGCAAAGCAAACACCGUCUUCUAGCCCAUCUGCCAUGGACAACGGGGAAGCCGUGGAGGAACGGAUUCGUGCCGAGCUCGCCAGGAACUUCGGACUGUGUCACGACAUGCUGCAGUCCCGGGACCCAGGGGACACGGGGCUCAUCAGUGGUCCCGAUUUCAAGUCUGUCUUGAUCACCUUCUGCCCGUUCCUAACGACCAGUCACCUCAUCAGGCUCCGAGGCAAGUUCCUGGACAGGCCCUCGGGGAAGAUCCUGUACAAGAAGUUCCUGGCACACGUGGGCCCACUGGGAUCCCCAGCAGCCGCCGAUCACCCUGGCAGCUCAGGGCCUCGUUGUCGGAGCCUGGGACCAGGCAGGGCCUUUGCAGUGACUGUCUUGGUGGGAACCUCAGUGCAGGGUGGGGAGGAGCGACCAGCCCACGGCCUCCCUGCAAUGACUGCUGUGAAGCCAGGGCAGCUCAGGAGCAUGUCCAGUUGUCACGACGGCUGGCCUUCUGGAGAACCUGCUUGUGGUUUCAGAACCUCACCCCCAAAGAAGGACAGGCCCCCGGCCAAGGAUGGGACGGCUUCGAAGACAACAGCCUGCUCUCAGGACCCCACCCGAAAGCUGUCUCUGGGCUCUCCUCAAGAUCCCAGCAGUAGGAUGGGCGCGCACAGCCCCGGGAAGGCCCCUGGGGACCCACCGUACUCCCAGCCAGUCCCCAGGCCGCAGGGGAAGAGUGUCCUGCAGUCCGUGCCCGAAUUCCAAGGUGGCCGGCCAUGUGGUUACCACAUACCUGCCCAAGAGGGGUUCCAGCUACUGGAGGACACAGACAAACCCAACCUCAGCGCAGAGGACUGUCUGAGGCUCUUCCCGCAGCAGCUACGACACUUCUACGGGGACCCCUAUGCCGCCUUCUUCAGGAUGGAUGCGGACAUGGACGGGCUCAUGGACAUGAAUGACCUGCGCCGGCUGCUACUGUGUCUGAUGCUCAGCCUCACACAGCCUGAGUUCGAACGCUUCCUCGGGCUACUGGGCAUCGGAGCUGGCCACACACUCAACUUCCGUGAAUUUCGAAGCCUGUUCGAGCGGCCGGCCAGUGUGGACACGGCACCGCAGAGGAUGCUGCGGCAGAAGCAGAAGGCUGUGGACUCAGACCUGGCUUCUGAGCAGGCUCAUCAGUAUCUGGUCACCAAGGCGAAAACCAGAUGGUCAGACUUGUCUAAGAACUUCACCGAGACAAACACGAAGGGUGAGGGCAUCAUCCGGAGACGGGACAUCAAGAACGCACUCUAUGGCUUCUCUGUGCCCCUCACACCCCGGGAGUUUGAGAAGCUCUGGACGAGCUAUGACACGCAGGGCAGAGGCUACAUCACGUACCAGGAUUUCUUGCAAAAGCUGGGCAUCGCCUACUCCGCCGAUGUGCACCGACCCUAUGCCCAGGACUACUUCAACUUCAUGGGCCACUUCACGAAGCCCCGGCAGAUGGAGGAGGAGAGCAAAGAGCUGCAACAGCGCGUGGCCAAGGCCGUUCCUUUCAGGGAUAAGCUCAAGGAGCAUCAUCGAGAAAUCUGCAAAGCGUUCAGCAAGCUGGACAGAUCCAAGACGGGCGGUUUUGUGUCCCUGUGCAAGCUGCAGAAGCUCCUGCAGGAAGGCGGCUGUUACCUGAAGGAGGAAGAGCUCACCCACCUCCUCAACAGCUGGGGCAUCAGCUGGCAUCACAACACCGUCAAUUACCUCGACUUUCUGCGUGCACUGGACGGCAGCCAGGACGGCCCCGCUGGGCCGGGGGAUGACGAGGUGGACAACAGGCAGAGACAGCCGGGCGAGGCCAGGCAGGUGGACUUUGCGACACUGGCCCCCGACAACAUCAUCAAGAACAUCCAGCAAGUGGUGGCUGCCGCUGACCUGGCCAUGGCAACGGCAUUCUUUGCAUUGGACAGCGAGGACACUGGGUUUGUGAGUCCCUCUGAUUUCGGCAAAGUCCUCCAGGACUACUGCCUCAACCUCUCCGACAACCAGUACCAUUACUUCCUGAGAAAACUCAAACUUCAUCUCAGCCCCUGUAUAAACUGGAAGUAUUUUCUUCAGAACUUCGGUGAUUUCCUUGAAGAGGACGCCACCAAGUGGGCUGAGAAGAUGCCAGGGCCCCCCACCCCCUUCGCCCCACCGAGUGCGCCUACCAGGACCUGCUGGCGAGGGCUGCACCAGGCAGUGGCCACACACUGCCGCACCAUGGCCCUCGAGUUCCAAAACUUGGACACCUCCAGGAGCUGCACUGUGGCCAAGGACGAGUUUAGGGCUGUGUGCAGGCGCCAUGUGCAGGUGUUGGUUGAUGGUGUCCACGACCAGUUUGACAGGCUCUGGGCGGAGAUGCCGCUGGACAGCCAAGGCCGACUCAACUACCAGGAGUUCCUGAGCCGCUUCAGUUCUGGCGAUGCCCCGCAGUCCCCCGGAAACUUCCCUCAGGCCCCACAGCCCCCCAGAGACUCCCCUCAGGCUCCACACACCCCUGGAGCUGGCCCCCCGACCCCACAUGAUGGUGGCAGCCGCAGAAGUGACCCAGGCAGCCUGGGCAGGGCAGCCGCCUUGUCGCCCCCACGGGACACGCCAGCCAGGUCCAGGAUACGGAGUCAGCCUAGUACGCCCCUCAGCCCCAUGUCACGGGCUGGGAGUGUGCAGAACUCUGAGGCCCUGGAGGAGCAGCUCCGGAAGAGGAUGCAAAGCUGCUGGCAGGACUUCCUGCGGGACUGCAAGAACCGGGACCCCGAGCAUCUGGGCCACAUCCCCAAGGCCGAUUUCCUGGCCCUCGCUGAGAAGCACCAGCUGGGCCUGAGCGCGGAGGAGAGCCAGCGCCUGGCCCUCAAGCACGACCCGCAGGCCAGCGGCCACUUCGCCUACUGGGACUUCGUGCAGAGCUGCGUGCUCCUGCUCCGGGCCCAGGGUGCACACCUGCAGCAACGACUCCAUAUCCAGAAUGCGCGCAAGAUGAAAGAAGCUGGCACCGAGACUUGGUCCUUUUACUCGGCUCUGCUGCGGAUCCAGCCCAGAAUCAUGCGCUACUGGCGGCCCAUGCGGAGAACCUUCAAGAGUUACGACCGAGACACCAGUGGCUUCCUGAGCGUGGGCGACUUCUGCAGGGUGUUGCGUCAGUACAACAUCGACCUGUCGGACGAGGAGCUGUUCCAUGUGCUGGGCUACUACGACCAGGCGCUCACCUCCCGCAUCCCCUACAACGACUUCCUGUGCGCUUUCCUGCAGUAGCGGGAAACCCCAGUCUGUGCUGGGCCUUUGCA